AUUUAUGGGAAAAGUAUCCAUCACCUAUCAAUUAUGUAUCUAUCAUUCCAUGGUGGAUUGGUGGUGUUCUUAUUUUUGAAAUAAAAUCCCACUUGCAUCUUUUAGCUUCCUCUAAAGAGUGUUGUAUUUAUAUAUUGUGCAGCGAGAUAGAACCAAGGUCUUGCAAUGGCGACCACUAGUACUAUCGAUUCACCUCUUGUCGCUGAAAGAUUAUUAGGGAAAGUUGCAUUGGUAACUGGUGGUGCUACUGGUAUCGGUGAGAGCAUUGUGCGUCUUUUUCAUAAACAUGGUGCAAAAGUUUGUGUAGUCGAUAUUGAUGACAACCUUGGUCAACGGUUAUGUCAAACUCUUGGUGACAACACCUGUUUCAUUCAUGGCGAUGUCACCAUUGAAGAUGAAGUUUCUCGUGCUGUUGACUUUUCUGUUAGCAAUUUUGGCACACUCGAUAUCAUGGUCAACAAUGCUGGAACGGGAGGGCCUCCUUGUGCCGAUAUCCGUGAAUUUCCCCUGUCAACAUUUGAAAAGGUAUUUGAUAUAAAUGUCAAGGGGACGUUUAUUGGGAUGAAACAUGCAGCCCGGAUCAUGAUCCCAUUUAAGAAAGGCUCGAUCAUUUCUCUGUGCAGCGUUGCAAGUGCAUUAGGCGGGCUAGGCCCACACGCAUACACAGGAUCCAAGCAUGCAGUUUUGGGACUCACAAAGAGUGUAGCUGCUGAACUCGGGCAACAUGGGAUUCGGGUUAACUGUGUUUCUCCUUAUGCAGUCUUGACUAACCUGGCUUUGGCACAUCUGCCAGAGGAUGAAAGGACAGAGGAUGCCAUAGUUGGUUUUCGAGCUUUCGUUGGACAAAAUGCAAACUUGCAGGGUGUGGAUUUGAUGAAAGAGGAUGUGGCAAAUGCUGUACUGUUCUUAUCCAGUGAUGAAGCCAGGUACAUAAGUGGGGCCAACUUGUUUGUCGACGGAGGUUUUACAUCUACAAAUCACUCUUUGAGGGUAUUCAGGUGAUGGGGUGUAGACAUGCUGUAUAUCUAUAUCGUAGUGUAAUAUUAGACAACCCUUUAAACAGGGUUUAUGUAGUUCUUAAAAUAAAGUCCUGUGAAAUUGUAUCGUGCCUUGUAUUAUCAUGAACACAUUUUUAAACAUAGAAGAAGAAAAACCUUCUGGUGCA